CCUCCUCCUCACAGACGCAUGCAUCAAUUUCAUCACAAGAUCGUUCACUGAUUGUUCACGUUCGUGACGGAAGCUGCCGCGACUGUACCGCUUUGACGGCUUUUCGACCGAUUCGACGAGACGACUGCCAAAGAGGAGCUUAACUGCCGAAACAGGUGCUGCUGGUGCGGUGUGAGUGAACUUGCUGGCGAGAGGGGAAGCGGCGGAGGGAGAGGGGCAGCCCCAGCCAGCCGAGGAGGACGGCAGCGGCGGCGGCGGCAGUUUCAGUUGUUGUGUCGUGCUGGAAGGCUCGUCGGCAGCUUGUGCGCGCGAGUGUUUCGUCCCAAAGAGAAAGAAAAAUUAUUACUAAUACUACGUCGUGCUGAUAUUGUUGUUGUUGCUGUUGUGCUCAGAAGAAGAUUGUACGGCGGCGCGGAGAUGCUAAGCGGUGGCAGUUGACCAUGUGCACGGCCCCUAGGCUCCCGAAUCGCAAGGCAUGACCGGUCGACCCAUGGCCGACGACGACGAAGAGCACGGCCGGCCCCCUGGCCGCCCCCAGCCGGCCCCCACAGUGCUCGCGGCUGCCGUGUUGCUCCUACUCGUGGGGCACGCCGCGGCCCAGCUCACCCCCAACGCCGACAUCGCGCCCACCAGGAACCAAGGCAUCUGUAAGCGUGGCUUUGACCUCCGCAACAACGCGCAGAACUUUGAGCGCCUCCGCGGCUGCCGCGUAAUUGAGGGCUCGGUGCAAAUCGUGCUGAUAGCCGAUGACCUGAACAACCUGUCGUUCCCUGAGCUACGCGAGAUCACCGGCUACCUGCUGUUGUACCGCGUGUCUGGCCUGCGCAGCCUGGCGCACCUGUUCCCCAACCUGUCCGUGAUCCGCGGCAAAAGCCUGCUGCACAACUACGCGCUCAUCCUCUACGAGAACUUCAACCUGCAGGAGGUCGGUCUUCACUCGCUAACGCACAUCCUCCGCGGAUACGUGCGCAUCGAGAAGAACCCGGCGCUCUGCUACGUCGACACCAUCGACUGGGACUUCAUCGCCAGGGCCGAGAACCCUGAGCACAAAAUCAAAAAUAAUAAGAAGCGGAAUGAGUGCCCCGGCUGUCCCGAGAAGGGAUGUCCCGUGUCACCGCAGAAGAAUGAGCCUCUCUGCUGGAACAAACAGCACUGCCAGAAAGCCUACUCUACUUGCCCGGAAUCGUCAAACUGCAGUUCCAAGUUGUGCAACGACAACGGAACGUGCUGCCACGAAAACUGCAUCGGCGGCUGCUACGGCAACGGUGCCGACCAGUGUUUCGCCUGCAAGAACGUAAAUUUCAACGGAAAGUGCAUCUCAAGAUGCCCUGUUGGCACAUACGAGUACAUAAACCAGCGGUGCAUCGAGGAGGCCGAGUGCCGCAACAUUUCCGUGCCGGAGUCGAUCCACGGCAUCAGCUCCAAGUCGAUGAUCCCGUUCAACAACUCGUGCACGCCCGAGUGCCCGGCCAACCACCAGGAGUCGGAGAUCGUGGUCAACAACAUGACUGUCUUGACUUGCAAGCCGUGCUACGGCUCGCAGUGCCGCGUCGAGUGCGAGGGGCUGAACGUCGACUCGAUCCAGUCGGCGCAGCACCUGCGUGGCUGCACCCACAUCAAGGGCGGCCUCGAGAUCACCAUCCGCGGAGGAAAAAACAUCGUCCGCGAGCUGGAGGAAAAUCUCAACUCGAUCCAAGAGAUUGAUCAGUACUUGAAAAUCGUGCGUUCAUACCCGCUCGUGUCUCUCAAUUUCCUCAAGAAUCUCACUGUCAUCCGUGGCACCAAGCUCUACCAGGACAAGUACGCGAUCGUGAUGCGGGACAACCCAAACAUGCAAGAGCUGUGGGAAUGGGGUAAAGACCACAACAUGACGGUGAACGGCAGGCUCUUCUUCCACAACAACCCAAAGCUUUGCAUCAACAAGAUCAUGGAGCUGAAAGAGCGGGCCAAGAUGCCGGAAUUCACCGACACGGAAGUGGCGCCCGACUCUAACGGCGACAAGGUGGCUUGCAACGUGACUACGCUGCGCGCCUACGUCGUCAAGUUGAGCGCCGAGGGCGUGAUACUCGGCUGGCAGUCGUACAAACACCACGACCCCAGGGAGCUGCUCGGCUACGUCGUCUACUACAUCGAGGCGCCGUCCAAGAACAUUUCAUUGUUCGACGGCCGCGACGCAUGUGGCAACGACGGCUGGCACGUUGAAGACGUGCAGAUCGACCACGACGAGGGAACUGAGCAAUCCGGGGUGCUGCCUGACGUCAAUCACCUGAUCGCCCACCUCAAGCCGUACACGCAGUACGCGUACUACAUCAAGACUUACAUGCUCUCCUCGCGCGGUUCCAACGCCCAGGGUGGACAGAGCCCCCUCCAUUACUUCCGGACUCAACCAUCAAUUCCUUCAAGCCCGAGGCACUUGAAAGCGUUUUCCAACUCAACUUCGGAAAUCGUGGCCACUUGGUCACCGCCGGCCGAGCCCAAUGGAAAUAUCACCAGCUACAAGGUCAGGGUCGAGUAUCACAUGACCGACUUCAUUGAGCAGAGAGACUACUGCAAGGAAAAAAUUUACUUCCUGCCUGAGAAAAAGGAGAAUCAGCCACAGAUCCACCUGUUGGACAAGGAGGAGAAGACUUCGACAGCGCUGAGCGACAAGGGCACGUGCUCAUGCGACGAGCAGAAGAAGGUGCGUCCGGAUGAGGGUGACAAGUUGGAGGAAAUUGGCUUCGAGGACUACUUGCAGAACAUCAUCUAUGUGAAGCGGCCGUCGCCCAACAGCCGGCGACGGCGGGACACGUCCGAGGCAUUCUCGUACGGCAGUGAAAAAAGCAUCUUGUCGGGGGUCUACGAGACCAAGGAAGAAAACACCAACAAUUUGUUGCUCUUCCCGGACACGGUGGAGAAGAGCGGCACUGCCACGCCGCCACCGCAGGUCGAGGAAAAGAACAAACGUGAUGAAAAAGGCCGAUACUUGGAAUUCACUACCAAUGUCACGGAGCCGAUGGUGGUCAUCAAAAUGCUUAAGCACUUCUCCAGCUACAAGAUCUCGGUGGCUGCGUGCCGCGAGCUCAUGCCCAAUGAGACCGCAGCCCAUCACUGCAGCCUUGCCAGCGUCGAGUUCGCCAGGACCAGCCCGCAAGAAAAUGCGGACAACUUGGACUCGAAUCGAAUUUUCAUCGAAAUCAACAACACGACAGUGGAGCCGCUGGUAAGGGUUAGGUGGGACGAGCCAAUCGACCCCAACGGCCUGGUUGUCACUUACACCCUGGAGUACAGGAGGGUUGACGUUGAGCCGCCUGGAAAGUCGUUCCAAGAGUGCAUUUCGCGGCAGGAGUUCCGUCAGGCAGGCGGCUCGUACGUGAUCGGUGAGGCGCCACGCAACCUGCAACCCGGCAAUUACAGCCUGCGCAUCAGUGCGUCCACCAUGGUUGGCCAGGGGGAGUACUCCUCCUUCAAGUACUUUGUAAUCGAGAAAUCUCCCUCAAAUCCGAGCCAGCUGUUGAUCGUAGUGUUCAUCGUUGUUGUAUUCCUGAUGGUUGUCGUGAUCGGCCUGAUGCUGCAGAACCACCGCAAGAAGACACACCUCGCCAACAUGAAGAUUAUAGCCACGGUCAAUCCUGAAUACGUCAGUACAAUUUACGUGCCUGACGAGUGGGAGGUGCCACGGAAAAAGAUCGAACUCAUCAAGGAGUUGGGCCAAGGUUCUUUUGGCAUGGUGUAUGAGGGCAUCGCCAGGGACAUCCAAAAUCGGCCAGAGAUGCCGUGCGCGGUCAAAACAGCUGGCGCGCAGGCCACCGAUCGCGAGCGGAUGGAGUUCCUCAAGGAAGCCUCCGUCAUGAAGGAGUUCAAAACGAACCACGUGGUGCGGCUUCUGGGAGUGGUGUCCCAGGGCUGCCCUGAACUACCAGCUCUGGUCAUCAUGGAGCUCAUGGCCAAUGGAGACUUGAAGACCUACCUGCGCUCACACAGACCUGAUGAGGAGUCCACCGACCCCAACUCACGCCCGCCCACCUUGAAGAGGAUUCUUCAAAUGGCGGCGGAAAUCGCUGACGGAAUGGCCUACCUGGCCUUCAAGAAGUUUGUGCACCGCGACUUGGCUGCCAGGAACUGCAUGGUGGCUGCAGACAUGACCGUCAAGAUAGGUGACUUUGGCAUGACCAGAGACAUCUAUGACACUGACUACUACAGAAAAGACACAAAAGGACUAUUGCCGGUGCGGUGGAUGGCCCCUGAGAGCCUCCGCGACGGCAUUUUCACCAGCUCAUCGGACGUCUGGAGCUACGGAGUGGUGCUCUGGGAAAUGGCAACCCUGGCGCUGCAACCCUAUCAGGGCCUGUCAAACGACCAGGUGCUGCGGUACGUGAUCGACGGCGGGGUGAUGGAGCCGCCGGAGAACUGCCCGCAGCGGCUGUACGACCUAAUGAAGCUGUGCUGGCAGACGAAGCCGCAGAGGCGUCCAAGCUUCCUGGAGCUGGUGACACGCCUGGUACCAGACGUGGGCACAGCGUUCACCGAGGUCUCGUUCUACCACCAGCCAGAUAACCGGGAGCUGCGCGACCAGGCGGUGGCGCUGGUGAUCAGCAAGUCGCGGCUGCAGAAGCAACACCAGCUGCAGCAGCAGCACCACCACCUGCCGAGCCGCGUCGACAUCGAGGACUUCCACAUCGGUGGCCCGGACAGCGAGUCCGAGGAGGAUGUGGGCGAGGCGGCUGCGCUGACAGCGCCGCUGCGAAGCUACCCAGCGCUCAGUCCGAUCGAUCAGCGGCCACAGGCGGCAGCCACGGCCGCCGCGAACAACAACCAGGGCGACGCCAAGUUGGGCAAUGGUGGCGGGCAGACGGCCAACGGCUUCCUCGGCCACCACCACCUGAAUUUGAACCUGAACCACAACAACCACCACCACAGGCACAAUAACCACACGGUGGCGUCGUCGUCGUCGGAGCCGCCGCCGCACAAGACGACCGAGUGCUAACCCUUGUUCACCCGCGAGAACACCAACAAGACUCUGUGAGCGAGCGGCGGCCGCGCCGAUCUCGGCGUUCGCAGCCCCAAAGGCCGUGAGGAUAAUGCAUUUUAAUUGCGCGGCCCGCCCCGCUCGCUUGGACCUGCAGUGAAGUGUCUCGCUGGGUGCACUCGACUUGACAGACUGAUCAGACUCGAAUCCUCUCGUUCGUUGUUGACUUUGUCGCUUUUAUUUAUUCUUAUUCUCUACGUGGAUUAUCUAUUAUAUUCAAUUCAUCAUUAUUCUGUAAUGGCAUCAAGUCAAGUUGAAAGUCUGCAAUUUUAUUUACUAUCUAAGUUUUUACUUUAGCAACGUAAGUUAGCUGUACGUAAAUCAUCAUCAGCCUAGAUUUAUACAUACACACACAAACACACACACGUAACCGACCGGUUGGUUGCUUACGACGGAAUAAUUCUUGUCUUUUUUUCUCUCUAUCUCUCUGAAUGCAGGGUGGUUCGUUCGAUCAUUAUAUUUGUUUUUAUUUUACUCCCUGCCGCUACGGUGGAGGGUUCCCACUUCAUGCAGCGCCUGUAAGCCAUUCCGUUGCAAAAGUAAUUUGCGCGAGAAACAAAAAAUUCGGCCUAUUAUUUCAUAUUCAAUCCUGCGGCUGUGUUUUCUUGACUUUAAAAUAUUAUAUUUGACGAGCUGAAAAGCAAAAUCGGUUCAGCCAAUCAAGGUAGAAACCUAUAACGUGGACGGCUGCUAUUCAGCUUUACAAAUGCGAUCAUUUUAAAGUCUAGAAUGUGCAGUAGCAAGAUUAAAUUCUGAAGUUGUUUUUAUAAAGUUCAAAAUACAUGGUGGUGCCAUCGGAUGGCAUCAUUCUACAUUUGCGCAAGCCCUUAGUGUUUGAAGCCAUGAACAAUGUCACGUUAUUCUAACUAAUUUUGUGGCACUUCUAAUACGAUUUAAGUUUCAAUCCUGCUGCAUUCCGCUCUAAAAUUCUUUCAAUGUGCUCAAACCAUAAAAUCAAUUCAGCCAAUCGCUGUAGAAACUUAAGAAACAAAUUUUUAAAUAAAAAAAUCUUUGCUUAAGCUUCUACGGCGAUUAGCAGAAUUGAUUGUGUAUUCAGCACAUGGCUAGAAAAAAAUAUCUAUAAAGAAAGCUGAGUGGUAGGAUUGAGUGCCUUAAAAAUUGUAAGUAUAUGGUGGGGUCAUCUAUUGGCGGCUCCGAGCGCUGAGGGGCUUCGCAAAUUAACAAUUAUUGAACAUUGUUUGCACCCUCCUAAAAGUUUUGGGUUCCUGAUUCCGGAUUCAAUCCUGCUGAUGGCCAAUUUAGACGCUAAAAAGCAUUAUUUAUUCUGAAAUCCAAAUUGGGUCCAGUUGAGAAACUAAAUGCUCAGCAUCGGGAAUUAAACCGAAAUCCAACGUGCCAGAAACUUUCCAUUUCAAUCCAAAAAUCAAUGUCUGAUUCGAAAAAUCCCGAAAUCUCGCGCACUUUACCGGCAAACGAUAGCAGCAGCUACAACUCAGGUUACCAGAACCAACUGGGCGGCGCCUAAUCUUGCUCUAUGAAUGUCACUUUUCCUCUCUCCUUUUAUUCUUUUCUUUCUCACCACACAUCUGAGCGUAGUGUUUCACGGGACGAAAAAUCAACCGCACGAACCGGGCAGCCUAUGGGAAGUCGAGCACGCAGCCAACUGACAAUACUCACCCUUUAAUUUUGUUUAUUUUUUUACUUUCCUUCGUUGGAAGAAGUUGCUCCAAGCAUUCUCUCUCUAUCUCUGUGCAUGAUAUCUCGCUGCUUAAAUAUUGUGUGCAACCGCAUUUUCGACGCAUUUAUACCCCCGUCAAAUUCAAAGCACAUCGAUUUCCUGUAGUUUAAAAACAUUGCAAAGACUCGGCGCCCGCGUUCAGCUGACCAAGUGCUGAAAACUACUCGCAAACAAGUUCCUGCAUUGUGUUAUACAUAUACGAAAGUAAAAAAAAUACUAUCAUAUAUUUUGGUUCUUUUUGUCUCGACCAAAAAUACUGGAACCGGUAGUAUUACGAGAUAUUUAUUGUACUAUAAUUACUAACGGAUGUACCCGCCCCCGGCGCCCCCCUGCGAAUCGACUUAUAUUGUAAACGAACUCUUGCCAUGGCCUAUUCGAGUAAGAACAGCAGCACAAUAAUGUUUAAAAAGAAAAAAAAUUGGUAGUUUCUCUCUCUGCAAUACACACGCGCACCGUAGAUAAAAAAAGGAAAAAGUGUAUAAAGUGUCUCUCGUUUCUCGGCGGCGGCGGUUAGUUGAAAAACUUUUUGAGGAGAAUAAAAUAACGUACGAAGAAAAACCCCACAGUAGAGGUGAAUGCGUCACAACAAGCUCAAAAGUGCAGACACACGUAGCUGUAUUGAUUUGUGCCAAAAUUUCUCACCAAAAGAGCUUUUACCGCGCUGAAAACUAACUUAGAUACUCACAUACGACGAAACACGGGGUAUAACGUUUAAAAUAUAAAAAUAGGAAGGAUCGAAAGCCCGAACACUAUCGAUUUUGGGAAGCGUGUAAUUUUUUAUACGAGUGAAUUUUUAUAUAUAUAAAACGGAAAUAGUUCGAGAAUCAGUAGACACGUGUGCAUUAUUGAAUUAGGUCUAUGGCUUUCGCAGUGGCUUUUUUCUGAUCCGGACGGAGCCCGGACAGAUUUUUUUAAUUAUUAACCCCUCCCUGCUUUCGCAGCGUUUCCGUUCCAUUUUUAUUUUUAGUACAUAACAAACACACACAACCGAGCAAGAGCCCCGAAACAUUUCGAGAACAAUAAUGUUAUUAUUUACUGACAAGGGAAUCAAACCAUUUGAACCGUGAAUUUGGAAAGAUCUCAGGUGAAUUUCCCGUUUUAGCGAUCUAUUAUCACGCGGUGGAGGAUCACGGUCGUUCUAAAUGGCAAAAAAUGACGUUUAUCGCCGCCGGUCAAUCAGAGCAUCCGCGAUCCUCCAUCAAGCGAUAAUAUAUCACUUUUUGACAUAAUAGGGAAGGAAACCUAUGAUUUAAAAUCAAAAUUUUGGGAUCAAUUGGUGCGCUUCCCAGUUGAGACAAAAGCAGGCAGCCCGCGCUUAGUAUAAAUCUAUACUUACGAAAAGCAAUGGAGCAAAUGAGAUGAAAAGAAGAAUCAGAAAUUUUGUGUGUUUUCGGUGUCAUUCCAGCAUUACGAAUGAGGCAUAUCACGGUUGAUAGAAUUGUAUUAACGAAAAACAAAAUAAUAAACAAUCGGAAAUGAGCAUGACUGUGCGUUUACGUUUGUUUCUAUAGUGCCGACCUGAGAUGAGAGCAUUUUUGUGUAACUUUUAUUAUUACUUAUAUUAAAUGUGAACCAUGCAGUACUAGUUGACAGCGCUGAUUUGACCUGUAGACUCGUUCGUUCGUUCGAAAUCAUCAGUAUGUAUCUUGAACAGGGACUAAGCUGUAAGAAACACACACACUCGUGUACCGUGCGCUCACCAAACACUCUCUCACACUCACUCAUUUUUGCCGCAUGCGAUUAAGAUUUAAACGGAAGUUGAAAAAAACAGACACACUGAACCUCGCGAUCGAUAUAAUUAUACAAUUUUUAUUUGUUCCGAUGAUGAUUGCUCCAAUUUUUCCUCGAUUGAGUUCAAAACUCACGCGCAGACAGACAAGACAGGAAGGAGGCAGAUACACGAAUCCAGCAACAGACAGAGUGUAAUAGAAGACUUGUUUUAACUUUAAAUGUAAUAAUAUACAAUUAAUGAUUAUUUACUGAGCAGAACGAUUAUAGUGUUAUCACGGUGAGAUAAUGACAACUGAUCAAUGCAUUGAAAUACAAUUAAAAUUAAAAAUCAGAUGACGAGGACACAUGUAUACCAAAUAGAACUGUAAAUAAAGAAAAGGAUCCUUACAAAGUUCUGAAAUAAA